AUUGGACGUCACCGAUAAGAUUGAGACAUUGACAUGGAAUAAAGGGUUAUUCCAGACUUACACCGAGACAUUGACAUUAAUGGUGAUUCUCAUAUAUCGAAGAACAGAAUAUGAUACGAUGAGGUAGAAUGUAAUAGACAUAAAAGACACGGAACGGAUUCUCAAUUCUAUCACGCGACGCAACCUACGAACAUUACAUUCACAUUGAAUUCAAAGCUGCGACCUUUUUCUUUCUUUCUUUCUUUUGUUUUUCUCUCUUUUUUUGUUUUUGCGAGGCUAGCUUGCACAGAUUGUUUGGACAUAAGAACCGCCUGGUAUAGCUCUCACCUUCAAGAAAGGGGAUUGGUGGGUUAAAGAUGGGGGUGGAUUACUACAAGAUAUUAGGGGUUAAUAGGAGUGCCAAAGAUGACGACUUGAAGAAGGCCUACAGGAGGAAGAUCUUUGAGGCUUAUGAGGUCCUCAGUGACCCCUUGAAGAGAGCAGUGUAUGAUCAGUAUGGCGAGGAGGGUCUAAAGGGUCGAGUGCCACCAUCUGAUGCCGGUGGCCCUAGUGGCGCUACCUACUUCUCAAAAGAAGAGGGGCCAACGUCGUCCCGGGUCAACCCCCAAAACGCGGACGAUCUUGCUAAGUAUUUCGAUUUCAUGAACACCUUUGUCGGCAUGGGAGGCAUGGGUGGGGGCAGCGGUGGUGGAAUUAGAGGGUCAAGGUCCUCGAGUAGUAAUUUUGGGGAUGAUUUCUUUAGCUCCUUAACAGAAGGAGGAGGCGGAGGAGGGUCAAUGUACCAAGCAGCUCCCAGGAAAGCUCCUCCUAUUGAGAACAGGUUGCCCUGUAGUCUAGAAGACCUCUAUAAAGGGACUACCAAGAAGAUGAAGAUUUCCAGGGAGAUUGUUGAAAUGAGCGGAAGAACUAUGCAUGUAGAGGAGAUCUUAAACAUCGACAUAAAGCCAGGUUGGAAGAAGGGAACCAGAAUUACCUUCCCUGAGAAAGGCAAUAAGCAGCCAAACGUCCUACCAGCCGAACUCGUCUUCAUAAUUGACGAGAAGCCUCACAGUGUGUUCACCCGCAAUGGAGGCGACUUGAUCAUCACGAAAAAUACAUCCCUGGCUGAGGCCUUGACAGGCCUCACGGUCCAUCUCACAACCUUAGAUGGCGGGAGUUUGACCAUCCCAAUCAACAAUGUGAUCUAUCCGAACCAUGAGGAGGUAGUUCCGAGGGAGGAGGGGAUGCCUCUUCAGAAGGACCUGACAAAGAAGGGUAACUUGAGGAUCAAGUUUAACAUCAAGUUCCUAAGGAGGCUGACAUCGGAGCAGAAAGCUGGAAUCAAGAAACUUUUGGGUGUUUGAGAAGAUGUAGCUAAUGGAGUCCAAACGAGCUAAUGUGAAUAUUAGGUCAAGUUGCUUGGUAUUGCAAGAUCAGAGAAAUUACACGGGAUGUUCUUUCUGGCAGCAAUUUGGGGUUUAGUUUAUUGGUAUACUUAGGUUAUGGUCCUAAUUGAGAGUUUCAGACAAGUUCUUUCGACGUGAAAAAUGAUAGUUUUGGUUGUGUCUGAGAGGCAAUAUCUGCAAAUUCAAGCAGACUAGCAUCCCGUCGGUUGAUGCUGUAAUCUGUACGUAUGUAAUGAUGUAUUAUGUAUCGAUGCAA